AUGUCUGAAUUUUUAUUUGAAGAUGUAAAUAAUCCUUUUCUAAUCAAAGAAGAACCCGAAGAACAAUUGCCAACAGAACUAUUAAUCCCAGAUGUGAGCAUAAAAACUGAGUACUCAGCUGUGGAAGAAAUAAUUAAGGAUGAAAAUAUAAAAACUGAGGAAGAAUUUCAUUCAGAAAUAAUAUUUAAACAAGAAAUAUUAGAAGACAGUGAAGCAGUGGAACAUGAACAAACUUAUAAAAGUGAAGAGUCGUUACACGAAUAUAAAAAUACUGAAAUUGACGAAAAAUUGCAUACAGAGUUCAUAAUUAAAGAAGAAAAUGACGUGGAUCGUCAACGAAUAAAUAUUGGAGAAAAUUUUUCAUGUGAUAUUUGUAAUAAUAGGUUUAUUUCCCAUAAAGACUUAGUUAAACAUAAACGAAUUCAUAGCAGAGAAAAAAACUUAGUAAAAAAAGUUAGUCAGAAAAGAAUUAACGCUAGAGAGAAACCUUUCUCGUGUGAAAUUUGUCAGACUACAUUUAACUAUCGCCAUAAUCUAGUUAGGCACAAACGAGUACAUACCGGGGAAAAACCUUUUAAGUGUAAUGUCUGUGGUAAAAAUUUUCGACAACAACAGCAUUUAAAUUCUCAUAAAUUUCUUCAUACCGGCGAAAAACCUUUUUCAUGCGAUAUUUGUGGUAAAACUUAUACCGAACAUAGUAGCUUAGUUAAACAUAAACUAAUUCACACUGGAGAAAAACAGUUUUCAUGUGAUGUGUGUAGUAAAAAGUUUGUAUACCAACAAUCUUUAGACCGGCAUAAACGUAUUCACACGGGGGAAAAACCUUUUUCUUGUGAUAUUUGUGAUAAAACAUUUAAUCAAAAUAGUCAUUUAGUUUUACAUAAACGAAAUCAUACGGGAGAAAAACCUUUUGCUUGUGAUGAAUGUGAUAAAAAAUUUACAACACAAUACAGUUUAACGACACAUAAGCGGAUCCAUAAUGAUGAAAGACCCUUUCUAUGUGAUAUUUGUUGUAAAUCUUUUACUCAGAUUAGUAUAUUAAAUGCUCACAGACGGAUUCAUUCAGGAGAGAAACCUUUUCCAUGUGAUAUCUGUGAUAAAUUCUUUAAUGUAAAAAGUAAUUUAGUUAAACAUAAACGAGUUAUGCACUCAAUAGAGAAAUCUUAA